CCCUUGUAAGGACAAUAAUCCAAACACGUUUUUAUGUGGUCUUUGAUUGAGGACCAUCUAACACUAUUUGCCCAUUUUUAGCAACCUCUUCUUCUCUUAAAGCUCUCUACUCUACAAUUCUGCUUCCUAGCAGACAGAACCAGAGAGAGUGAGGUAGCUAAACAAUGGCAGUUUGCCCAGUAUACACCACCCAAUCUCUCAAUUCAACAUGUUCAGUCUCCACACCAUCAAAAACCCACUUCAGUUCUCACCACAACCACCUAGUUUUCUACAGAACUAGCAAGAGAACUAGCAAGAGAGGUGGCAGCAGCUCAUGUGUGAUAACCUGCUCAGCUGGUGACUCACAAACAGUUGUGAUUGGUUUAGCUGCUGACUCAGGAUGUGGGAAGAGUACCUUCAUGAGGAGGCUAACAAGUGUGUUCGGUGGUGCAGCUGAGCCACCAAAGGGAGGCAACCCUGAUUCCAACACACUGAUCAGUGAUAUGACCACUGUGAUAUGUUUAGAUGAUUAUCAUUCACUUGACAGAACUGGAAGGAAAGAGAAGGGAGUGACAGCACUUGACCCAAGAGCCAACGACUUUGACCUCAUGUAUGAACAAGUUAAGGCUCUCAAGAGCGGUAUUGCUGUCGACAAGCCUAUCUACAACCAUGUUUCUGGUCUCUUGGAUCCUCCUGAGCUAAUUAAGCCUCCAAAGAUCCUUGUCAUCGAGGGACUGCACCCCAUGUUUGAUGAACGUGUGAGGGAUCUGUUAGACUUCAGUAUCUAUUUGGAUAUCAGCAAUGAGGUCAAAUUUGCAUGGAAAAUUCAGAGGGACAUGGCUGAGAGAGGACACAGCCUUGAAAGCAUUAAAGCCAGUAUUGAAGCCAGGAAGCCUGAUUUCGAUGCCUUUAUCGAUCCUCAAAAGCAAUACGCCGAUGCAGUAAUCGAAGUGCUCCCAACUCAGCUGAUCCCAGAUGACAAUGAGGGGAAGGUUUUGAGAGUGAGGUUGAUAAUGAAAGAAGGGGUGGAGCAUUUCAGUCCAGUUUACCUAUUUGACGAAGGCUCAACCAUCUCAUGGAUACCAUGUGGAAGGAAGCUCACUUGUUCUUACCCUGGCAUCAAAUUCUCCUAUGGCCCUGACACAUACUUCGGCCAUGAGGUUUCUGUUCUGGAGAUGGACGGGCAAUUUGACAGAUUAGAUGAACUGAUAUACGUAGAAAGCCAUUUAAGCAACCUCUCUACCAAGUUCUAUGGAGAAGUCACUCAACAAAUGUUGAAGCAUGCUGAUUUCCCAGGAAGUAACAAUGGAACUGGCCUCUUCCAAACCAUUGUGGGGUUGAAGAUAAGAGACCUGUAUGAGCAAAUUACCGCUAGCAAAACUGCAGCUCCAUUACAAGCAACAAAAGCCUAAGAGUUUCCUCAUACAUUGGGCAAGGCUUUGGCUUUGGCUUCACUCUUUUAAGCUUUCCACAAUUUCCACCUCCUAUGUAUUUAUUUUCUCCUGUUGUAAUUUAGAAAAACGAAUCAGAGAUCAAAUUCAAGAAGUUCAUACAAGGAUUCCAUCA